AUGGACUUAUAUUUGCAGCCCGAGAGACUUGGCCUUAUGCUCAAAAUCGAGUAUGCAAGCUCCAGGAAGACGAGCUUGACCCUUUCAGGGUCCUAUUUAUUCGAGUUAGGCAAGAACAAGUUUGCCACCAUCCAAUUUGCUGAUAGUUCUGUUGCUGGUCCAGUUGGUCUUUGCCAUGUGGUAGUAGACAACCAAGCAUCGUACCAGAUGCUUGUGUUCCUUCCAUCUCCUAUGGCCUUGCCUAGAUUUUCCAGAAGUAUGUUCCUCCCUAUCAAGAUGCCUUUCCAGCCAUGUGAUGCUGCUUGGUGGGAACUCACUUCGAGGAAGGAUUUAUCUUGA